GGGCUGACUCCCUCUGCGGGCGCCCAGAGCGACUUCAGCUCCUUCUCACAAGCCCCCACCCCCAACACAGGAUGUGAGCCCAGUGGUCGGUAAUGCUGUGGCUAGCCCUUGGUCCCUCUCAUGCCAUGGAGAACCAGGUGCUGGUGAUUCGAAUCAAGAUCCCAGAUGGUGGAGCUGUGGACUGGACAGUGCACUCUGGGCCCCAGUUGCUUUUCCGGGAUGUGCUGGAUGUGAUAGGUCAGGUUUUACCUGAUGCAACCACUACAGCAUUUGAAUAUGAAGAUGAGGAUGGUGAUCGGAUUACUGUAAGAAGUGAUGAAGAAAUGAAGGCCAUGUUGUCAUAUUAUUAUUCCACAGUAAUGGAACAGCAAGUAAAUGGACAGUUAAUAGAGCCUCUGCAGAUAUUUCCAAGAGCCUGCAAGCCUCCUGGGAAACGGAACAUACAUGGCCUGAAGGUGAAUACACGGGCCGGGCCCUCUCAUCAUAGCAGCCCAGCAGUUUCAGAUUCACUUCCAAGCAAUAGCUUAAAGAAGUCUUCUGCUGAAUUGAAAAAAAUAUUAGCCAAUGGCCAGAUGAAUGAACAAGACAUACGGUAUCGAGACACCCUCGGUCAUGGCAAUGGAGGCACAGUCUACAAAGCAUAUCAUGUCCCAAGUGGAAAAAUAUUAGCUGUAAAGGUGAUAUUGCUAGAUAUUACACUGGAACUUCAAAAACAAAUUAUGUCUGAAUUGGAAAUUCUUUAUAAGUGUGAUUCAUCAUAUAUUAUAGGAUUUUAUGGUGCAUUUUUUGUAGAAAACAGGAUUUCAAUAUGUACAGAAUUCAUGGAUGGGGGAUCUUUGGAUGUGUAUAGGAAAAUUCCAGAGCAUGUCCUGGGAAGAAUUGCAGUAGCGGUUGUCAAAGGCCUAACUUACCUGUGGAGUUUAAAGAUAUUACAUAGAGAUGUGAAGCCUUCCAAUAUGUUGGUGAACACAAGAGGACAGGUCAAGCUCUGUGAUUUUGGAGUUAGCACUCAGCUGGUGAAUUCUAUAGCCAAGACGUAUGUUGGAACAAAUGCUUAUAUGGCGCCUGAAAGAAUUUCAGGAGAGCAGUAUGGCAUUCAUUCUGAUGUUUGGAGCUUAGGAAUCUCUUUCAUGGAGCUUGCUCUUGGGAGGUUUCCAUAUCCUCAGAUUCAGAAAAACCAGGGAUCUUUAAUGCCUCUCCAGCUACUGCAGUGCAUUGUUGAUGAGGAUUCGCCGGUCCUUCCGGUUGGAGAGUUCUCCGAACCAUUUGUACACUUCAUCACUCAGUGCAUGAAGAAGCAGCCAAAGGAAAGGCCAGCACCUGAGGAUCUGAUGGGCCACCCGUUUAUCAUGCAGUACAAUGACGGGAAUGCUGAAGUGGUCUCCAUGUGGGUGUGCAGAAUGCUGGAGGAGAGACGGGCCCAGCAGGGACCUCAGUGAGCAGAGCUGUCCCAGAGAGCACCCAAAGAAAGGAAAUCCUCAGACCAGGUUUCUAAAGAAGAAACCUGCCACCUCUUACAUUGUCAUUAUGUCCACUACCUAGCAUUGUUUGCAAGCACCAGAAGAGCCUUGGUGAGCAUCCGCACCUUCUGAGGCAGAGGGGGUUUGUCACAAUUCCCUGAUGCCUUCUCCGCUGUCUCUGACUAACCUUCAGGGACCCGGUCCCCAGGACACAACCCACAGCCAGAAGCCAACCAUUUGGGCCGCUGAAUGUGUCUCUUUCACUCCUGUGAGAUGACUGACCAGAGGCUUUUGCUAUCCCAUGAAUGACGAAGUGAUGGGCCCAGGAAACCUGGAGACUCCCGUUUCUUUUAUGACCUUUUCUGAUAUUUCUUGGCUUUAUUGUAUUUUUUUUAAUGGGAAAGGGGUGGGAGGAAGUGAUUGGAACUCCCAAAGAGAGGAAAGCCUUAGUGUGUCAUAUAAGGACAAUUAAAGCAUUCCAAGUAUAUUAUCAUCUUA